CCGCCCGGUCUGACCGGCGUGGUCUGCUCUGCGCCCCGUCGGCUGUGGGCUGGGGACCCGAGUGGGAGGGCUGCUCCUCGUCCCACGUCCAGGAAGUCAAACUGCAGGAGGGAGGGCGAACACAGGAGGCGGGGCCCGGUGCCGCGGGGCCGCCGACGUGGCUGUGUUUUGUGGGAGGUGGGGUUAGGUACCACCACCCCCACCCCGCCACGGGCCGGGGAUCCCAGGGCCGGCGACGGCGUCCCCAGCUCUCUGCACCCGAUGGCGGACCCCCGUCCCGAUCCUGCCUCCGAGCCCGAGGCGGUGUUCCCGCGGGAGGUCGGGCUCUUCGCCGACUCGUACUCGGAGCGGAGCCGCUUCUCCUUCUGCGGGCACGUGCUGAGCAUCACGCAGACCUUCGGGUCGCGCCUCGGGGUGGCCGCGCGCGUGUGGGAUUCGGCUCUGAGCCUGUGCAACUAUUUCGAAAACCACAAGGUGGAUUUCCGAGGCAAGAAGGUGAUCGAACUGGGCGCGGGGACCGGCAUCGUGGGGAUCCUGGCAGCGCUGCAGGGGGGGGAUGUUACCAUCACUGACCUGCCCCUGGCCCUAGAACAGAUCCAGGGCAACGUCCAGGCCAACGUGCCAGCUGGAGCCCGGGCCCAGGUCCGCGCCUUGUCCUGGGGGAUUGACCAGCAUGUCUUUCCUGGCGACUAUGACCUGGUGCUGGGGGCUGACAUUGUGUAUCGGGAGUCCACCUUCCCACUGCUGCUGGGGACACUCCAACACCUGUGCGGGCCCCAGGGCACCAUCUAUCUGGCCUCCAAGAUGAGAGAGGAGCAUGGCACAGAGAGCUUCUUUCAGUACCUCCUGCCCCAGCAUUUCCGCCUGGAGCUGGCCCAGCGGGAUGAGGAUGAGAAUGUCAACAUCUAUAGGGCCAGGCACAGGGAACGAAGACCUGUUUGAUGUCAUCCUGCUCCUCCGAAUCCCUUGUCUUAAUGCCAUAUCUCCAAAGCCAGAAACAUAAGGACCAAAAAGGAUGGAUUUCCCUUGCCUCUCUCUUUCCUCCUUCCCUCUUACUUUCCAGAUACACUUGGGCAGGUACAGGGAAGUGCCUGCUGGCUAAGAAUCCUAGAGCCCCAGCAGCGCUGGAUUAGAGCACAAAGGAAGUUCCUAGCUCUUGUUCUCAGCAAAAGAUGAUGAUGGGAGGGUAUCCAGGGUUUUUAGGGAAAGGGGAGGUAAAUAAGAUGUGAGAACAUUGGCUGCAGAGACUGCCACUGAUCACAUCCAGUCCCACUAUUGUCUUUUUAUACAGAAUAUGUGUAUUUGCCCAGAUUCUACUGGAAUUUUUUUUUUUU